UAAACAUCUUUGCGUGUUUUUUUUGCUGUUGCUGACUCAAUUUGCUCCUGAGAGGAGUUCGAUCGUCCCAUUCAUACGGCUCAGUUGCUUCGCGACAAUCGAUCGACUCAGAUCUCGAUGUAGACUGUGAUACUAACGCGCAACGUGUAAGAUAUGCUAAAUCUGUGAAAAUAGCAAGUGAGUGUUUUGUAAAAUAAUAAUACGUCUCGUGGUAGCACUCGAGCGCACUGCCACAUUUUAAUUGCGUGGGAGUGGAGUGAUUAAUUGUGCCGAAAAUAACGAUUUCCGAAGCAGGAACAUACAACGAACCGAGAUGGGUACCCUCGACAAUCGACGACUGCUUCAAACCCUCGUCAUCAUUAGCGCGGUGACGCUGGCUCUCGCACUGCAGGAAUCCACCCUGGAGAAAGCGCGACACCAUCGCGAAAAUCUAGUCCGGAAAUAUUUGAAAAAGCUAAAGAAAGAGGAAGGCGCCAUCAAGUUGGUUGGAGGCGAUGGCGAUUACGAGGGGAACAUCGAAAUAUUUCACGACGGCAAGUGGGGCGCCGUGUGUGACGACGAGUGGGACUCGAGCGAGGCGGAAGUGGUCUGUCGGCAGCUGGGUUAUCCCGGAUUUGUGAAGGCCACCCACAGUGGCCACUUCGGCAAGGCAAAGCGGAAAUUCUGGAUGGAUAAUAUGUUCUGCGGCGGGAAGGAACGGGAGCUUGCCCAUUGCCCCUUCGAUGGUUGGGGUCACAAUGACUGUGAGGCCAGCGAAGCAGCGGGGGUAAUUUGCAAGGACGACACGGAACCGACCACCACCGCCAAACCCCUGCCGGAGAUGUUCAAGCCGAAGAAGGUCCGCCUGGCGAAGCAGCUGGAGGUGCGACUGGCCGGUGGCAGAAUUCCGAGUGAGGGACGAGUCGAGGUUCGCCCUGCUGGCGGUGGAAAUCCAUGGGGAACGAUUUGCGGUGAUGGAUGGUCAUUGCUGGAGGGAAAUGUCGUUUGUCGGCAGCUCGGAAUGGGUUAUGCAAAUGAUGCCGUUCAGACGGAUUUCUUCGGUGGGUCCGCCAACACCAGCGCGCUUUUGCUGAGCGGAACGGAAUGCUAUGGCAACGAGACCAAUCUGGCGGAUUGUUCGCAUCAUGAAAUUGGCCGCAAGGCUAGCUGUAGCGAACGGGGGAAUCACGUGGCGGCGGUUACCUGCGUUGACAAGCUGGCGGAUUUGGCGUUUGACCACGUCGAGAUGGAGCAGUCGCUGCACUUGGAGGAUCGGUUGAUGUAUUUGUUGCAGUGCGCGAUGGAGGAGAACUGUGUCGCUUCGCAGGCGUACGAUAUUCAGAGGGAGAACCCUAAUUGGCAUCUGGAAACGAGAAGGCUGCUGAAGUUCACCGCGAGGGUGCUCAAUACGGGGACGGCCGAUUUCAGACCGCACAUUCCCAAGCAUUUGUGGGAAUGGCAUCUUUGUCAUAUGCAUUACCACAGUAUGGAGGUGUUUGCCACAUUUGAUAUUUACAACGCAGAAGGCAAGAAGGUGGCCGAGGGCCACAAAGCCUCGUUCUGUUUGGAAGAUAAUCAGUGCCUUCCCGGUACGGAACCCAAGUAUGCCUGCGCCAAUUAUGGAGACCAGGGAAUUUCUAUCAACUGUGCCGACAUCUAUCGGCAUAACAUUGAUUGCCAGUGGGUGGACAUCAGCGAGCUGGACUUUGGCCUGUACACACUGCGUGUGGCUAUCAAUCCCGAGUUCAAAGUGCCCGAGAUGAGCUUCGACAACAACGCGGCCGUUUGUAAGCUGCUUUACACGGAAACCUACGCCCGUGCCUACGACUGCAAAAUGACGCGACCCUAGUGGCGGAGAGAGUCGCGUAACAAGUGCGCGGCGGCCACAAAAUAAUGGACAAAUAAAGCGAAUAAAGAUA